GUGAGAAGGCUUCGCGUUCGGUCGCACUAAAGUCGCGUGUGUCGCGGAAGUCGUCGAAAUUUCAGAAGUGUUUUGUUUUUGCAGAGCAUUGUUUAGCCAUUAACUUAUUAAUUGAUUCAUAAAACAACUUUAAAAAUGGUUCAUAACAAGAUGUUGCAUUCUACAUUGCUAUUGAUGAUUUUGUCCCUCAAUCAUCUUUCGCGCACACUGGGAACUCCUUCGCCCUAUCCCCAUCCAACACUCGCUCCCCAAAAGCCCGCCUGUGGCACGUACGGCCAAAGCCCUUGCGCAUUCGUUCCCGCCCCACCCGGAAUGACGCCCAAGUGUGUCUCACCUGGAUCCACUUUUUGUGAAACGAAUCCCGAUUAUCCUGCCUACCUCAUUAAGCAUCUGGUGGAAACGCUCGGCUAUCAGCGCAUCAUUGCCAGCGAAGAGAUGGUCGACUUUGGUGCGAACAAACCGCUGGACGAGGAGGAACAUCUGCACCAUCAUUAUCAUCACUUUUAUGGGUCAUUUGCGGCGAUGGAUCAAGCUUCCAAGCCACAGGCGCCUAAGCAUUCCAGCCCUGGGUACAGCUACCUUACACCAACGCAACAAUCACUCGGCACGGUAAACUACGAGGCGAAGCGUCCGGCACCGGUUCCACAGCCGAUCUACAUUCCCAAGCCACAGCACUCGUACCACUACAACUCGUACGUUCGCGCGCCAAUGUACAACCGGCAGCCGGAUCGACAAGGAUACUUUUAUCCAUCCCCCGGGGGUUCUGCGUCGAAUUCGCCUUCCUCAAGCUCUCCAGUAACGCAGUACAGUCCGGCUGAUUGGUUGAAGCGCUUCGCCCGUGAUUUGUCCGAUCGGCAUCGACGCGAGGCCCGGUUGGCUGCAUUACGAAGGGCAGAUGGACCUGCCGAUCCGUUCGACAACGAACCAACACCCUUCCGAUUGCCAUCCAUGGUAAAUGAAACCGUUUACGAGCGUUUGCUGGCGAAAAACACUCGCGCAAAGCGACAAGCGGCGGAUGGUGUGAAGGAAACGCUGUGCAGCGUGCGGGAACGAUACAUUACACCGCAGACGGCACUCAACACGAAAGGCAACUGGAUGUUUGUGGUGAAUCAGGAAAACUCGCGGCAGCUCGUAAAAACGGAAGUUUGUGCGUCAACGGAGUGCUCCAACCUGUGCAGCUUUCCGAUCGGAUACAGCUCCCGGUGCGAGCAGCGGUACGUGCAGAAGCGGCUGGUCACGCUGGACCCGACCGGCCGGACACUGUACGUCGACACCUACUGGUUCCCGAGCUGUUGCGUGUGCUCACUGUACUCGGGAAAUUAGCGGGAAGCGGAUUCGAAGCGGGCCUGCAGUGAGUGAAGAUCGAGUAAAGAGUACAUGAUCGUGCUGAUUCAACAGAA